AUAGUGUUUUGCGAAAACCACGAGUUUUCCCAUCGUUCUCGCUAUAAGUGUCCUAUAAUAUACCAUCAUAUCGCGAAUUCAUCUUGCUACGUAGUUGAAGACGCCGGUUGUCUGUAUAAUACGUAAAAAACGCGCGUCGCUACGUCUCUUUGACAAACUUAGUCUUAAGAUCUAGCUUAAUCUUUUUGUUUUUUUGUUAUUUUUAAUAUAAUUAAAUAAUUAAUAAUUAUUUUUAUUACGGUUUUAAAUAUUUAUUUAGUGUACAUUAAACGUAAGGUUAGUUUUUUGUAAGCGCCAUUUUGUUGUGCCGCGUCACUCGCCUCGCCGCGCUUUCGUAAUGGUGAGCAAGGAGGUUAUGAGCGAAGUGGCCAAGAAGGGUCGGAGGAGGAGACGCAGGGCCGGCAGCCGCGCGUCCAAACGUCGUGCGAGGAAGUUGGCUGCGAUGGCGGUCGCGACGCCGGUGGAGAAAUCGUCGCCGGUCAAAUGUGCCGUGCACGCAUUCCUACUGAGAUAUCAGAGCGCGCUGAGGAAGGUCCCGAUGCAACUACCGCCGAAGGUUCAUGCUGGUCCUCCGUCGAAGAGGGUGAAACGCGUUUCGUGGCGUCAUGAGGAUAGCGGGGCAUCGGGGGGCGGCGGCGACCCCGCGGUGCUGGCGGUCGGUCCCGCGCGUCGCCUGCUCACUUACACGCGAGAUGAGCUCAUGCGCCUGCGCAACUCGCCGCUCGUCAGGCGCGGGCUCGAGAACGCGUUCGCGGGCAACGAGACACUUGCCCUCGUUCUAAAGAGACGUUCCGAUUCACCGAAUGAGGAAGAUAAAGGGGGAAGAGGAGAUGCACCGACGGAGAACCAUAAAGGCGCGUACGGGCGCGACCGCGAGCGGCGCUCGGCCGACCCGCGCGAGCGCGUGCGCAAGGAGAGCGAGCCGAGCAGCGGCAUCGUGCUGUCGCCGCAGCGGCGCUCGUUCACGUCGGGCUGCGGCGCGCCCGCCGCCGCCGCGCCGCCGCCGCACCUCGCGCGCACGCGCCCCGACUCGCCGCUCGGCGCCGCCGCGCAGCCGCUGCCGCCCAAGACGGAGCAGGCGGGGCGGCGCAUCGGCUCGGGGCGCAUCAUGGUGCGCGACGUGCCCAGCGCCGCGUGGGAGGAGGGCGAGCCGCCGCGCGCCGAGCCCUACCGCCCGCCGCCCGAGCGCCGCGCCAACGGCGACCAGCGGUAUGACCGACGCUCGUUCAACCGAGACUCCUACUCCUCUGACAUCAAGAGGGAAAGGGACGAUCGAUUCAACAACGAAAAACAACGAGAUAGAGAGGACAAUCGUAGAGGUGGUCGCUUCUCUCAACGACGGUUUGAGAAGGAAGAUGAACCAGAAUGGUUUAGUGGAGGACCGACGUCUCAGCUGGAAACGAUAGAGUUGCGUGGUUUCGACGAGCCCAUUAAGAAGAACGGAUCGAACAACAAGGAGAAUGAGAAGUGGACGGGUGGUUCACGUGCGGAACCCUCUACGCCGCCACUCGAAGCGGCGCAGACGCUUAACAACAGCAAUGAUAAGGACUCCGGUGUUGAGAGCAAGAGUGAAGACCAGACGCAGCCCGAUCAGCCCGAAUUCAACCUCGAUGAGUUCCUCAAGUUCGAUUCUAUACCGGAAGUACUUACUAACGGCGGCAGCGAGACGGAGGGCAGCCGCUUCAGCCGCUGGUUCCGCCGCGACAGCCCGCCCGCGCUGGCCGCCGACCGCCACUACGAGCGCCUCAUGCACAACAUGGUGGACGAUCUCGACAGUUCAACCCACGAGCAGCCCCCCGUGCCGGAGCCGCAGCCCGCGUAUCCCCCGGUGGGCGCCCGCGGGAACCCCCCCAACGCGCCUGCGCCCUCGCUACUCGAUAUGCUGAGGCGGGCCAGUGCGGAUACUGAACAGAGAGCCGAACUAAACUCAGGGGGCGGUAAGAUCCACAGCCUGGAGGAGUUGGAGUCCCGCCUCAGGCCGCAGCCCGCCGCCGUGCACGACCACGACCUGUCCGCCUUCAAGCGACUCUUGGCGCAGGUGUCGGGCGGACACGCCGUGACGGCCGAGCCGCCGCGCCCGCAGCCGCCGCCGCAGCCCAUGAGCUUGCUGCAGAUGCUUAGCAAGAGUAUGGAGCAACAACAGCACCAACAUCAGCAGCAACAACAUCAACAGCAACAGCAGCAGCAGCAGCAACAGAAAGCGCCGCACAUUCCUCAGGAGCUCCUAUACAAGCUCCUGCAGGUGCAGCAGCGUCAGCAACAGACGGGCGAGUGGGCGCCGACCGCGGACCGAGAGUUGUUGCAGCGGCCCGAGGCGCAGGCCAUCAUACACGGUCUGAAAGCUGGCGAGAUAACGGUGCAGCAUCUAAUGCAGCAGCUCGGCAAUCCCGGCCUCCAGAGUCGCCAUCGCGAGCUCUUGCUUACCAUCCUGCGCACGCAUCAGCAACGACAACAAAUGGGCGGAUCUCCGCUGCCGCCGCACCUGGUGGUCCCGCCACCACAUCACCAACCAUUGAGACUGUCGCCGCUACCACACUCUGCAUUUUGCGUGUCUCCCAUCAUGGCGAGUCCCAACACGCUCGCCGUACACAACGUGCCAGGAGGAGGGGAGGAAAGAUAUAACUCAGGCGUGCCCGCACGGAUACCGUCACCGCGUGAGUUAGCCGCACACACGCAGUCCAUAAUGCAGGGCGCGCUCAUAAAGAAGAAGCUGGAAGAGCAGAGAGAGAACUACCGUAGGCGGCACGAGAUGCAACAACAGCAGCCGAAACAACCUACACCCAUCUCUUUCACUCCGACAUCUGUGCUGCGCAAGAUGACGGCGGAGAAGGAGGAGGCGGGCAGCCCCAAGUCGUGGGCGGCGGGCGCGCCCGGGCUGGCGCACGCGCACGCGCACGCGCACGCACAGGCGCUCGCCAAGCCGCACGGCCGCCCCAUCGUCAAGGGUAACCAGAGUGGAACAGCGCCUAUGGGCUAUGCGCCCACGCAGCCGGACUACCAGCAACAUUAUCUCAAUUUACAACAACAACAGAUGACGAAUGCGAAUCGAGCCUUCCCACACCAGCAGCAACAAAGACAACAGGUACCGAAUUCCUUGAACGGUAUGGGCGGCGUUUCACGCGGUGGCACCACCCUGCACCAGCUGCUCGUGCAGUCCCACCAGAGGACGCUCAACGAGAUGAGCGGCAGCGGCGACAACCAGCUGGCGCGCUGGUUCUCCCCCGAGCUGCUGGCGCGCGCGUCGGCCGGCAAGCUGCCGUCCGUGCACGUGCCCAACGCGCUGUCGCUGGAGGACCUCGAGCGGCACCACCACUCGCCCGCGCCGCCCGUGCGCAACUGAGUCAACCCCCCCUCCCCCCAAAACAGGCUGGCCUCAGGGCUAAUUUUGUAGAUAUUCGAAAUUUUUUUUUGGUCAAUAUGUAAUACUUCCCGAACGGCGCCGACUACAUCCCGACGUUAUCGGUGUAAAUUGAAAAGUGUAGACGAGAGACGUGGUUUCGUUUACGAUGAUUAUAAGUUUCUAGCGGUUUAUUAUCUCGUUUAAAAACAUGCGGUCUUAAACCGUCAAUUGUCGAGGGUUUGCCGAGGAAAUGACGAAAUCGAUGGUUAUAUAACAUUGUUUAAAUAUAAACUUUGAAUACAAGAGACGUAAUAAUCGCUAUAAAAUCCUACGUGAGUUCUUCCGUUUAAAAUUUAUUUUUACAUUGUAUACAUACAUCUAAUAAAGUUCUCUCUCAAUAUGUUAAGUCAUUGUUGAAUUUUGAAAUCGAACCGAAACACUCGAAAAGGCUUUGGAUGUAAGGCAGAAAAAUAUGUCAUGCAGUGAAAAUCUUGUGCAGCAGAAAUUAUCGCUUAAUUUAGUUUAGUUGAGCAGAAUAUUUCGUUAUACGUAUUCAAGAUGAACGUUCAUCUUGUGAAAAAAUUGUGUCAUUUUGAUUAUAGUUUUAAACAACACCAAUCGAAAAGUCCCAGUAAAAUGCCGCGUUAAAUGGAACUGUUUUUCUAUCCUUAUUUUGUAAAUGACGUCGCGUGCGAUCUCAAGGUUUUCACAGCAGGAAGACAAAAAAAUUGACUGUGGGGGUAUGUCUCGCAAUGACGCCGAAAUGUUUAUGAUCGAGGCUCUACAAAUAUAUAUAAAAUACUGCGUAUACUUUUUUUUUAAAUAUUUAUGAGAUAUCCCUGUUUAAAGCAAAAGAACGAAUGUUUUAUUGUUUUUUUUAACUAAUAUCUACCGAAAUUAAUGUAUCCCAAAAGAAGUACAGAUGCAAUACGAUACUUCUUCGUAGCGUUUGUCGUUUAAUUUCAUUAAUAAAAGUAAAAUAUUAUUUUGCUCUACCCGAUGAGGCUAGAAUAGUAGACGUUGAAUCCAUACACUGCCAUUUUAUUUAUUUAUUUCUCUGUAUAAGUUUUUUUUUUUUCAUAAUAAAAUUUAAUAAAUGUAAACAUAAGUAACUAGGAACGCAAGCAUUUGACAUAUAGUUUGUAUAUAUAAACAAAACCAGUGUUAUUAUGCAACAAAGAGUUCAACACGAAUUGAUAAAUUUGUGAUACCAUUGUGAUGAAGUUUACAAUGUUGAAGCAAUAAAUACGCAUUUAAAACAUAUUACGUCGAGUGUAAACAUAGUGUUGUAGCCUGGGGUUUUACAAAUAUAGUAUUUUUGAAAAUGAAAACAUCGUCGAUUGAAUAAAUAAAUAAAUAAACCCUUUGCUUCAGUACUGUGUAAAUAAAAAAUGAACAAUUUUUCAGGCGAUUGUGAAAUUUACACAUUAUAUAAUAUUGUAUUCUGUCUAAGGGCGAUGUUAUAUCGAUAAACUAAAGGUUGUAGCUGCGUGCAGGGAUCAAAGUUUGGUGUAAUAAGUUUUAGUCGAUAAAAAAAUUAGUUUAGAUUUUUGUCUUUUCGAUUCGGCUGUCGUGAUUUACGUUCGAUCCUGUAUCAGCUCCCUACCGGACUUGACUGUGCAGGGGGUCGAGACACGAUCCACCCUCUGGUCUACGACUGAGACAUACAAACACGACAAUGUUGCAGAGGACGUUGAGUGCGUGCGUGCGAGGCUACGUGUACGUGUGCGUGUACGUGUACGUGUACGUGUACGUCUGACGUUUGUGUUUGUGACGCAUUUUUGUUACUACGUCAUUUUCGCGAGGAGGAAGUUUUACGUUAGAUAUUGUAGAUAUUGUCAUUUUCAAUUAUACAUUGUGAGAUGGAUGUUCUCGGCUGAUCUCCGAAGUUUACGAUCGCGAAUUUGUUAAGAAUUUUUUGGAAUUCGCACAAGUGAAACGCAUUUGUGUUAGAUGUUCCCUUGUUUUUUUUUUAAAUAUAUUUCGAUAUCCCGAUUCAAUCGACGACCCUCUUCCCAUCGAGACAUGAGCUGAGUUUUGUCAAUUUAUUUCAAUAUACACUACGGACAAUAGAGUAGAUUUCUGCCGUCCAAUAUUUAAAAAGAAAAUCAGCUCAUGAGUUUGAACGAUAUCGACCGACCGUACCCUUCGCCUGAUGCCUAUAUUUGAACAAUCGACUCUUUUAAGUAACGAAAUGGAAGCGUAGGUUUUUUUUGACGUUUUAUUGGAAGGAUCUGAUAGGCCGAGCGGCAAUCAUGUCUAACGAUUUGAUAUGUGAUGUUUAUAUGGAGGCGCGCGCAUGAGAUGCCGCGCUGGAUUCGGUUCUAAUUUAGAGGACAUAGUGGUGAAAUUUCUGUUUUUCGGAACGCGACCUGUAUUAUGUUUUGGGCGCACACUGCGGUAAUGCGCUGACGUAUUACAAAAGAAAAUGUCUCCUGUCAGCUUUAAAUUAUUGAUUAAAGAAAAUUUGAAAGUU